GAAAAUAAUAGUGUAUUAUGCUGCUAAGCAACCUGAAAGCACGACCCAAGUCUACCAUCAAACAUCAGCAUCAAUAGUCUGGUUCAAAUCAAUCGUUCACAAUGGCGGAGUCAUUUGAUAUUGCCAAAGUGGAAGAAGAUCCCUUAGCAGAAGUAAAUCUGACUGUCUUUUACGAACAAAUAAAAGAAGCUUACGAUAUACUUCAUUACACAUCAUACUUUACAGACACAAUAAAAUUCUUACUGUGCAUUAUAUCCAUAGUAGCCGACAUCUGCCUAAUUAUAAUUAUUACAAAGAAUCCAAAAUUAAAAACUGUUACUAACAAAUAUAUUCUUCAUUACUCAAUAUGGCAUAUAGUAUUUAUGGUGUUUUUUCCCAUGUUUUUCGUACUUUUUAAUCAAUUGCAUUUGGUUGAUAUUCUUCCAAGUGUUCUCCCCUUCAUUAUUUUUAAGAUAAACAGUAUAUCACUGUCACUGCUUUUUCUAGUUGGUUUAUGUCUUGCUUUGGACUGGCUUUUAAAUAUUUACAGUCCACAUUUUUCAAAAUCUUCGGCACUGUUUAACAAAUAUGGUAUUUAUUUACUUUAUUCAAUCGAUGCUUUAAUAUUCAUUAUUGGUUGUAUUGUUGAAGUGUUUAUCCUUAAUGGACUAUAUUAUUUUGUUGCGUUGUGUCUUUUGGUGUUUAACUUUCUGCAUUACAGAAGUAACAAAAACGAAAACAACCUCAAAAAUUAUGGAUUGAUUCCUGCUAAUAUCAUUGUCUUCUUUUGGUUGCCACUUUUCAUACACGACGAACUGCUCAUGUGGUCCAUAGGAUCUUUCACUUUGUAUAUUACAGUUUUAUAUACAAUGUUUUUAGCUGAUUGGUUUUCCCUCACCAUGUCUUUAGUUUUGAUGAUAGCUUUAAUCAGAAUGGAUAUAAAUAUAAAAGUGGCGAUGCUUAAAUUAUUUAAUCGAAGAAAUAUAAGAUACCAUAAUGAUGUGGAGACCCUCGAAAAAGCUGGAAAUGAUGGCGUUGAAACAAUGUAGUCACCGAUAGUAGUAGUGUACAUAUAUAUGAAUAUUUUCUAUUCUUAUAAGGUAAAAUAAAAACUUCUCCUGCCAUAUACGCUUAAUUCGACACAAGUUUUUUUUGAAAAUAUAAACUCACUGGUUCCGUUGAUUAUUGUCUUGUUCACCGAGUCACUGUUCAUUUUGGACAAACGAGUCACCCCAUGGUUCAUAAAGCUUCCUUUUCUUCUUUAAGUGCCCACUCCAUUAAUGAAGGUUGGCUAUAACUACUGUAAAUUCGUUCAUAUCUUCUACUUUUCGUCUGUGUGUUUAACUCAGUCUCUUUCCAUCCUCUGCAACACCAUUCGUAGUACAAUCAUAAUCGGUCCAUAGUAUUUCUAAAAUUCUCUUAACCCAGAUAUGCCUAAAAAUUAUUUAAAAUAUUUUUUUAAUAUUUUUCUUCAAAUGUACGUGUUAUGUAAGGUAACAAAAACAUAUUUGUCGUUAAAACCAAAUAUUUAUGUAAAAUAAGUAAAAAAAAAUGCUGUACAAAAUAUGGUGCACCAGGCAUAUAACCUACUAUUAGUAGUGGAGUCAAUGAAGGUGGAUAUGAGUUAUUACCUCAGAUUUCGUUGAAUCUUCAUCGAUUUUCAUAAAAAUUGGUGAGUGGUUAAAGGAUACCUCAAGGAACAAAGGUGACAUAGUGACAACUUGCGCUUUUGCAUUUUAGGGGUGAAAUACACCCCUUUUUUAAAAAAUAUUUUUUAGAUUUCUGAAAGUGCAGUCACUGUAAGUUUUCACUUCCUAUUUUGUUGAACCUUCAUCGAUUUUCAUGAAAAUCGGUAGGUAGUUAGAGGAUACCUCAAUCAAUAAAAGAUACAUAGCAUCAACUUGCGCUUUUGCAUUUUAGGGGUGUAAUACACCCCUACUUUUUAAAUUGUAAAAAAUGCAGAUUUCCGCAUUAUGGCGCAAGUAAUCUCGUUUAAUUAAGAAAAAUAAAUAUUUUUUUUAUGUUUAUGUGCAUGAAUUACAUUUUUUUUUUAAUUUUUCAAACCUUAUAGCAACCAAAAAUCCGAAAAUUAACAAGUCGAAAAUCACGAAAACCUUAUUCUUCUAUAUUUCUGAAAGUGUAGUCACUGAAUGUUUUCACCCACGAUUUCUUUGAACCUUCAUCGAUUUUCAUGAAAAUUGUUGAUAAGUUAGAGGAUACUUAAAAAACAAAAGUGAUAUGGCACCAAGUUGCGCUUUCUGCAUUUUAGGGGUGAAAUCCACCUUUUUUUUAAUGAUAAAAAUGCAGAUUUCAGCAUUCUGGCUCAAGCAAUCUCGUCUAAUUAAGUAAAAUAAAUAUUUUUUUACAUUUAUGUGCAUGAUUUAUAAUUUUUAUUAAUUUUUUAAACCUUAUAGCAACCAAAAAUCAGAAAAUUAGCAAAUCGACAAUCACGAAAAAAAUCAAUCUUUUAUAUUUCCAAAAAGGCAGUCACUGAAGGUUUUCACCCUUGAUUUCGUUGAACCUCCAUCAAUUUUCAUGAAAAUUGGUAAGUAGUUAGAGGAUACCUCAAGAAAUAAAAAUGAUGUGGUACCAACUUGCGCUUUUAUCCUGGGUGGAUGUUACCCCUUCUCAUGGGUGAACACUAUUUUAUUAAAAAUAACCCCAUAAUUAGAUAGAGGAGUAAAUUCUAAGCAAACUUUCUUUUAUCAAGUUUAUAAAUUUUUUAUUUAAAUAAUAUUUUAUAAUUUAAUAAAAUAUUAUUGGUACAGUAAAACCUCACAAUAACGGCCACUAAAAAUAGAAAAUAAUUGGCCGUUAUAGAAAUGUGGCCGCUAAUGCUAGGUUUCCUUUUCCACAAAUACAUAAAAUAUAAUUGAAAAUUUAUUUAUUUAAGUAAUUAAAGCAAAUCUAAUUAAAUAUAAUUCUACAAACAAACGGAACAUACUAAAACUAAAUUCAAUUUACUACAAUAUAAAACAAUAUCUAUACGAAAAAACAACUACAAUAAAAACAGAAUUUUUGUUUGUUUUACAUUUUUUUAGAUAAACGAAACAUACUAAAACUAAUUUAAUAUAGAUAAUACAUAAUAUAAAACAACAUACUAUAGCUACUACGAAAAAUACGCUUAUCACUAAAGUAUCGUCGUGUUUCCAUGCUAUAUUCAACAAAACCAACUUGGUAGGGCCUUUAAUUAGAUAUCGCAAAUCACUUUGGCUGAUUUUGUCUGCAUAUAUAUUAGCUUUGAGGAAUCCCUUUUUUUUGUGAGACUGGAUAUAGGACAUUUCUCAAGUAUGAAUUCACAUUCAUGGUAUAUCGUUGCUAUUCAGGGAUAAUAAUCUGUGCAAUGUUAUGAUACAGGCUACGUUAAAUAUGAAGUAAAUAUGGAAGAUAUACACUGGUUAUUCGUUUCAAUUUAAUUUGAUUGUUUUUUAAUCGUUUACAAUAUUUAAAAUAAUUAAAGACAUAAAGUUAGGGAUUUCAAAAAUAAAUUCAGUUCUCACUGGCAGGGUGGGAAAUAUUAAAGUGCCAUACAAUAGCAUUUCAUUACAAUGCUCAUUACAGGCGUUACAGGCUGCUCCGUUUGAGAAAACUCAUACUCUCAAACUUUGAGAAAACACUCAUUCAGUUUCGACCAACGCUGUAUUAGCUAAAAUUAAACGUUUUGCUAGAUUAAUAAUUUUUAACAAUAAUAGAUUAUAUUAAAAAUCACUUGAACAUAAAUUGAUUUUCUGAUGUCAAAUCACUACAAUUAUACAGGGGGUGAAUAUUGCUAUGAAAUGUGAAAAUAUAAACGUAAUUAUCUUUUAAACUACUUCGUAUAACAUCACAAAACCUGAUAUUUUAAGAAAUAAAACAUAGAGGAGAAUCCAAAAAUGUAAAAAUAUACAGGGUGUUCCAUUAAACAAAAAAUAAUUUUGUUUCACCCUGUCAAUAUGGGUGGCCCUGUAUAUUUGGAAAUGUAUUUAAAUUCUGAUAUUAUCUAUGCCCCAAUCUCACCUAAAUAAACUUUUUUCGUAUCUCCUACAACAAACGACUAAUUGGACUUCUCACAACCUGUAUACAUACAAAAUCUCCGCUAUAAAAUUUUUUCAAAGAAAAUGUUAUUGGUUUUUUUUUAAAUAAUUCCGUUAAAUUUUGAAAUAUGAGAUUUAUCUAAAAACCAUUACAAAGCUAAGUAAAAGUUCUAUAACGCUGUAUUAAACAUAAUUUUCUAAAUCCUUUAUUUUUUUUAAAUACAAGGUGAAAGGGCCCCGGUUACAUGGUUCUCGCAGUAAAAUUUAGGUUUUAAAUGUUUCUAUCUCGGUUAUUUUUUGUCGUAAAAAGAUAUUAAAAAAAGAAAAAGCUUAAAUAAAGUUAAAACUAAAAUUUUGUUCUCUACCAUUUUUUAAAUAUAUCGAGUAUUUUUGGAGUUAUUAUCAAAAGAAAAUGAAAUUCACGAAAAUUUGAAAAAUUCUAAUUUUUUUUAAUCGUAUUUUUUUUUCAAAAAUAUGCAUUCUAAACCGGUCAAAAUUGUUGAAGUUAUUACUCGUGUUAAAAUAAAUAAAGUUUUAAAUGGGUUACUAUAAAUUUUAAUUUUUGUGGAAAUGACGUAUGUUUAAUUUUUCAUUCUUCCCUAAAAAAUCUGAAAGGGUCCUCUUAUUUCCAUCAUAACUUGCUUAAUUUUGAUGCUAUCGACUUCUUAUAUAGCUUUUUAAAAGUUACCUUUAAGUAAUUUAUUAAAAUGUUUAAUAUCUAUAUUUAACAAAGUGCAUCGUUUUCCUGUUAUUUAAGCUUGAAUACUAAGAUUUGAGUACUCGCGGAAAAAAAAUGUAUAUUCAAUUGCAUAUAACUCACUUUCUAUAUGUAAUAAAAGAUUUUUCGAAUAGGGAGCUUAUUUAUUUUUAUAUUAUCUUAGAUUUUAGUAAUAACAACUUUUUUGAAGAAACUUGUGGUUUUUGAGUUAUUUAUGAAAAACUGCUUUAAAACAUGGAUUUUUUCAGGAAAAAUCAAAACUUUUGAUCUUUGAUAACUCAAAAACUAUUGAUUUAUUGAAAUAACUUUAUAUAACAAAUUUUACUUAUAAUUUGUCCCAUAUUUUUAGUAAAAUAAUUUCCACCCCUGAGAAGGGGUGGCAUCCCCCCCCCCAGGGUAAAAGCGUAAGUUGGCACCAUGUCACCUUUGUUUCUUGAGGUAUCCUCUACAUGCUUACCAAUUUUCAUGAAAAUCGAUGGAGGUUCAACGAAAUCGGAGGUGAAAAUCUUCAUUGACUCCACUAUAGGUUUGGGUAUAUUAUAAAACAAAACAUUUUAAAUUUAAAAAUACGUUGCAUUUUUAACACUUUAUUAUGAAAUAUUACGGCACAAAUCAUACUAUCUAGUUAUUUUUUCCUGUGGAUUCACCAAAUGGUCUAGUCGAUCAUAACAAAUUUAGACGUUUUCAUUGGCAAAUGGACGACCUAAUCUAAAUUAGCGCCUUCUAAAUUAUAACUGAUCCAAUUUUGUACGAAAGGGCAUCUGUCACAGCUUUAAGUCAAUUUCUAGGAUCCCUUUCACGUUGCCAAAACAUUCUCCUCCAAGGAAUGUUGACAUAAUCACUCAAUAGUAGAGUUCCCAGAAAAGCUUUGACCUCAUACUCCCAAACUUCUUGUUGGCGAUCCUUCUGUGAAGCGUAUCGAUUAGUUGCUGACGGUAUAAGCUUUAGUAUAAGUUACUUAUCAACGAAAAGUGAAAAACAUUCAGCGGAACGCUUAGAAUCAUAUUUUGGUAGUUCCCUUUUCACCAAUACAUUGACCUUAUAUCUGCAUUUUUUCUCUUACCUAGUGAUAUGUAUUUUUUCUUUGAUCCUUUAUCUGUCCAUUUAUCUCUCAGCUCUGUCAAUGGAAUGUUUUAUUAAGAAUCGGGUAACAAUAAUAUGCCUUCGUCAUUAUUUUGCACAUAUAUUUGAGAACGAGGUUAUAAUAGGGAACUUGCAUAAAUUUUUAAAUAUUAAAAUGAUAUUAAAAAACAUAAGGUAACAUGAUCUUAAAACGCUUGCAUGCGAAAAGAACAAAUAUUUUUAACCCGUACGCUAAUUACGACGCUUUGAAAAUGAUAUAAAAUUCAAAUAUCUUAGAAUGCUCUUGAACGUCCUUCUAUUGGUUCGACGUCACGGGCCACGGUCAACCGGGCUAGCUAGUCGGAAACAACGCGAUUAGGGUAGGUAUCACGGGUAUAUUACAUUUUAAUCGUCUUUAAUGGAAAAUUCCUAGGUAUUAUUUAUGUUCAUCUUAUAUAUUGUAAUAAGUAGUUCCCCAAUCAGCUUAGUUUUAAACUGAAAUUGAUAAAGUUGAGUGCUACUUUGUAAAGAGUUUAAAACGCAUAAUAUGACGGACAAGGAUAAGUCUGACAACUUACCUACCUUUGAUGUCUUCAUGGUGGCAACUUUUAUAAAAAGUAGUGAAAGCUAUUCUAUUGGAGAAAUGCGAGGUGUCAAGGCAAAUAAGUAAGAGUUAUUAAUAAGCAUGUUUAAACCGUUUAUAACAAUAGUUUGGUACCAUUAUAUUAUAGUAUACGGUUUACCCCGUGGGUUUGAUCUACCUACCUCUAAUCGAAGGAUUUCGUAUUCGCGGUGUGCAAGUACUUGGAAGUGAUACGCGAAACGAUCGUGCGCGAAUAGCGGAGAAAAAUUGCAACUUUCUUAAAUAAUUCAUAUUGUCAAUUGAAAUUGUUAAAUUGACGUACAUUUCAUACCUAUUGUCAUUUAAGAAGAAAAAUUAUACAUUGCUCCACAAUAUUGAUAUGAUAUGCAAUUAUUAUAUAAAAGUAAAUUUAAUUAAUUGUAUUUUGCUUGCAUUACUGCACUUUAACAACUAAUUUUAUUUACUACAUACAGUUAUUUACGUUUUAAUAACAUAACCUAAAUCUUAUUUUUUCUUCUUAUUAUUUUUUUUGGACUAUGGCUUUGAAAAUUAUCCAGUAACCAGGACCAUAUGAUUGGCCAAUAUAAUUAAAAGUGCGAAUAAAAGUGCAGAGCGUAGAAACCAGGUGUCGCUUUUCCGAACUUGCACGGUCCCAAUAUCCCGGAAAAGAUUACGGUGUAAUUUGCAUUAUAAUAAAGAUUAUAUUUUAUUGUAAUGUUUAUUAGUACCUACUGGAGCCUUUCAUUAUUGUGUUCAAAGCCUUCUGAGAAAAGAUUAUAGUGAUUAGCAGACGUACCGAUAGAACGUGUACAUAGCCAACAAAAUCCUUUUUUACAAAGUUAAUAAUACGCAUAAAUAAGAAGAAUCAUUAUUGUAAUUUUACAAGUUAAUAUCUUUAUCAUCUCAGCUUAUAUUUACACCGAAUCCCUCGGUAGACCGCAAGCUAUAGUAGAAACCCGACUGUAGACCGCAUACUAUAGUAGCACCAAUAUGUGCCAUUCCACGAACAUACGCCUGUUUUGGAUUACUUCGACAACGAAUACUUUACUGUGCAACAUAAGAAGUACGAAAGUAAAUGGCGCUAAUAAUUAUUCCAAUAAACAACAAUGUAAUUUGCAAUUUACUUUCGUUCUUCUUAUUUUGCACAGUAAAAUAUUCGUUGUCGAAGUAAUCCAAAACAGGCGUAUGUUCGUGGAAUAGGGUAUACUUUUUAGUUACUCUUACUUUUAUUACUAGAAGUUUUGUUUAUUUUUAAGUAACUUGUUUCUUCUUUGUUCUUCAACACAAGAAACGACAAAAGUAAUUUCAUAAAAAAGAACUUUUUGAUACAUGUCAACAGAGAUAAAAUGUUAAUAUUUUGCCUGUCACAGAAAAAAUCAUUUUUGCCACGGAGUAAAACAAGAUAUUUCAACUAUAUUAUUUAUCUAUGGGCAAACUGCAUUAAAUGCAAUAGCCCACCGAACGUUCAAACGAUACGAGUAGCCUAUGACGUCAGACCCCAGCUCUCGCUUUUGAAGUUGUUUGAAACGGAAAUUUUAGGCGCGGAAAUUUGAUCAGAUGUUGUACGUACACUAUUCAUUGUUAAGACGUAAUAUUUUGAAUAUAACAUUUUAAAACAUAAAUUAACAAUUUUAUGCAAAAAAUUUUUUGAGUGCAAGUUCCCUAUUGAUUUUGAUCCCUUAGAUAGGUGAAUAGUAUUGCUGAAAAUACACAACCCUGUCUCAGUCCUCUACUUAUCUAUUAAGCAUCCUUGCUACACAAAACUGUAAUUUUUAUGAGUAAUACUCACAUAUAUACAUUCUUUUUAUGUAUAUUUGUUUUUUUUAUUUAUUUUUAUUUUCUUCUGUAAUGCGCUAUAAUCAUUUAUAAUUAUAUUGUCCAUGUAAUUCAUAAGCCAAGUAAAUAAAUAAGUAGAGAAUUUAACAAAAUCUCUCAAAUAUUAUUUCAAGUGAAUUUAACUAAACUAUAAUGUAUUACUAAACGAGCCUAACCGAGUCGAAACGAGACGCAACCAUAUAUUACAAAAACAAUAAAUUACAACAAUAUGAAAAUAAUAGUUUGUUGUACUGCGAAGCUACCUGGAACUAGAAGGCAAGUCUAGCAUCAAACAUCAACAUCAAUAGUCUGGUUCAAAUCAAUCAUUCAACAUGGAGAAUACAUUUAACAUUGCCGAAGUUGAAGAAGAUCCCUUAGCAGAAGUAAAUAUUACUGAAUUUUACGAACAAAUGGAAGAAACUUACGAUAUACUUCAUUACACAUCAUACUUUACAGACACAAUAAAAUUCUUACUAUGCAUUCUAUCCAUAGCAGCUGACAUCUGCAUAAUUAUAAUUAUUAUAAAGAAUCCAAAACUGAAAACAAAGACAAAUAUGUACAUUCUUCAUUACUCAAUAUGGCAUAUAGUAUUUGUGGUGAUUUGUCCAAUAUUUUUCGUUCUUUUGGAUCAACUGCAUUUGGUUGAUAUUUUUCCAAGUGUAUUCUUCUCCAUUAUUUAUGAGGUAAUCGGUAUAUCAGUAUUACUGCUCUUUCUGCUUGGUUUCUGUCUUGCUUUGGACUGGUUUUUAAAUAUUCACAGUCCACAUUUUGUAAAAUCUUCUGCACUCUUUAACAAAUAUGCUAUUUAUUUAAUUUAUUUACUGGCUGCUUUUAUAUCCGUUAUUAUGUAUUUUGUUUUUGAAGAGUAUAUUCCUGAAGCACUUUAUUAUUCGAUAGCGUUGUCUCUUGUGAUAUUUAACUUUCUGUAUUACAGUAAUAAGAAAAACGAAAACAACUUCAAAAGUUACGGCUUGUUUCCCGCUAAUAUCAUCGUCUUCUUUUGGUUGCCACUCUUUGUAUUUGAAGAACUGCUCACCUGGUCCAGCGAAUCGGACCAGUAUACUUUGAGCAGUAUACUGUUAUAUACAAUGUUUUUGGCUGAUUGGUUUUCCCUCAGCAUGUCUUUAGUUUUGAUUAUAACUUUGAUUAGGAUGGAUACAGAUAUAGAAGUAGCGAUGCUUAAAUUAUUUAGUCGAAGAAAUAAAGGAUACAAAGAUGAUUUGGAGACCCUAGAAAAAGCUGAAAAUGAAGACGUUCCAAAUAGUGUAGUCACCGAUAGUAACAGUGUACACAUAUGAACAUUUUUUAUUCUUAUAAUACAAAAUAUAAACUUAUUUUUUCAUACAUGAA